AUGGACGAGAAUACCUUGGGUGCCAAGACGAGUGCACUCCCCAGCGUAGAGAUACUUGUACAGCGACGCAAAGCACGUGAUGGAAGUGGGAGGUCGUCGUCAUCAUCAUCGUCAAUCUUGUCGCAGAGCGAACCGGAGCGAAAGGAUAGAAACGAAAGUUCAGUGCGAAAGUUGCCAGGCAUAAUACAGCACACACCCAAAGUACUUGUCCUAGACUUGGACGAAACCCUAAUCCACUCACGACUUGGCUCCGCAUCCGUGUGGAAUACAUGGAAUGUCCGUGAUCAUGUGGGAACUAGGAUCACAGAUGCUGUGAUGAAUAUUGUAGGUCUUGGAUCAGGCAUACCUUCCCAUGCACGCCUGCAGAUUCGCGGGAUUGAAGUGCACAUUGACGGGCGGCGUGUCUUUUACCAGGUCUAUAAGCGUCCGUGGGUUGAUUAUUUUCUGCGCAAAGUCGCCUCCUGGUACCAUGUGGUCAUCUUCACAGCGUCAAUGAAAGAGUACGCAGAUCCGGUGAUCGACUGGCUUGACGGUGGGCAAGGGCUCAUCAGUGGGCGUCUGUUCCGCGACUCAUGCACACUGCGAAAUGGCUCGUACCUCAAAGAUCUUGAGAUUGUCGAGGAAGAUCUCAGUCGUGUCUGUUUAGUGGACAAUUCGCCUAUCAGUUAUCUACUGCAAGAGGCGAAUGGCAUACCAGUUGAGGGCUGGACACAUGACCCGAAUGACGAAGCCUUGCUAGACCUGCUUCCCAUCUUGGAUGGCCUCCGAUAUGCGAGCGAUGUUCGCCACAUCCUGGGCCUGCGAGGAUUCUAA